AUGUCAGUUUGUGCUGGUGACAAUGCUGACAAUGCAAAAUUUAUGCACAACACCGCUCUUUUAAAAGGCCUUUCUGACAAAGACGAGGCUGCAACCCCCGUAAUAAAAGUCACCGGUGAUUUGCCAGCAGAAGAAGCGAACGAAAUCGCAGAUAAACUCAUUAAAACCAUAAAGGAGGAAUUUGACAAAGAUAAUGCAAAGCUGAGUGAAGCCAUCCAACAAACAGUAAGUGAAUUGAUAGAGGAACAGGAGAAAUCAACGAAUUCAGCCAGUUAUUACGGUAGUGAUUUAGUUUUACAGGGGAUUUCUGUUGUCAUUGUGACACUAACAUGCUUCAGUGUGUGUGUUACAGGUGAAGACGCUCAUUCAAAAGGACGUUCAGAAAAUGUUGCCAAAACACCGCAUACUAGUGAUAGCGCAGCAAAAGGAGCGCAAUUAAUUGCUGAACAAAUCAAGCGACUAGAAGAAGAGGAAGUGGCCAAAGAAAAUCAAAGAAUUAACGAUGCGUUAAGAGAAAUAAUGCGGAAAUUGAAAGAAGAAAAGGAGGAAUUAGAGAAUUCAGCCAGUCAUUACGGUAGCCAUUUUGUUUUACAUGGAAUUUGUGUUGUCAUAGUGACACUGACAUGUGUUUAUGGUAUUUUUUAA